UUGUCCAAACUUAUUCUCUCCUCCCAAGCUCUUCUCAUCUCUCUCUAUCUCAAACCAUUUUCUCAUUCAUCCACACACACAAAUCAACCAAAGUGAAAGAACUAUAUAUAUAUAGAGAGAGAGAGAGAGAGAGUAGACAAUAUAUAGCAAGAAAUUAAAGAAGGCAAGGCAAACUAAGAGCUUCAAGGGACCAAAAUGGGAGAGGCAGGGGAUGAGAAGAUGGGGGUGGAGACAGUGAUAGUGGGGAACUAUGUGGAGAUGGAGUCGGAGUUAGGGAAGCCCAAGAGCUUCAAGUCCAAGCUCUCCUCCCUUUUCUGGCACGGCGGCUCCGUCUACGAUGCUUGGUUCAGCUGUGCUUCUAAUCAGGUAGCACAGGUGCUGCUGACACUGCCCUACUCGUUCUCGCAGCUGGGGAUGCUGUCGGGCAUACUCUUCCAGCUGUUCUACGGCCUGAUGGGCAGUUGGACCGCAUACCUCAUCAGCGUCCUCUACGUCGAGUACCGCACCCGCAAGGAGCGCGAGAAGGCUGAUUUCCGUAACCAUGUCAUUCAGUGGUUUGAGGUGCUCGAUGGGCUGCUAGGGAAGCACUGGAGGAACGUGGGGUUGGCAUUUAACUGCACUUUUCUUCUGUUUGGAUCUGUCAUUCAACUCAUUGCUUGUGCAAGCAACAUAUAUUACAUCAACGAUAACCUGGACAAGAGGACAUGGACGUAUAUCUUCGGGGCCUGCUGCGCCACCACCGUGUUCAUCCCUUCCUUCCACAACUACCGAAUCUGGUCCUUCCUCGGCCUCGUCAUGACCACCUACACCGCCUGGUACCUCACCAUCGCGUCCCUCCUCCAUGGCCAGGUGGAAGGAGUGAAGCAUUCGGGACCCACCAAGCUGGUCCUAUACUUCACCGGGGCCACAAACAUUCUCUACACAUUUGGGGGACAUGCUGUUACUGUGGAGCUUAUGCACGCAAUGUGGAAGCCGCAGAAGUUCAAGGCCAUAUACUUGCUAGCUACUAUAUACGUUCUGACAUUAACACUCCCGUCCGCAUCGGCUGUGUACUGGGCCUUCGGGGACCUGCUCCUUAACCAUUCCAAUGCCUUCUCGCUCCUUCCUCAAUCUCCCUUCCGCGACAUGGCCGUCAUCUUGAUGUUGAUCCACCAGUUCAUCACGUUCGGAUUCGCAUGCACGCCGCUCUACUUCGUGUGGGAGAAAGCCAUAGGGAUGCACGAGUGCAAGAGCCUGUGCAAGCGGGCAGCGGCGAGGCUGCCUGUGGUGAUCCCCAUCUGGUUCCUGGCCAUCGUCUUCCCGUUCUUCGGCCCCAUCAACUCCACCGUCGGCUCCCUCCUUGUCAGCUUCACCGUCUACAUCAUCCCGGCUCUCGCCCACAUCUUCACCUUCAAAUCUGCCGCGGCUCGAGAGAAUGCGGUGGAGCAGCCGCCCAAGUUCGUGGGGAGAUGGGUCGGGACAUACACGAUCAACAUGUUUGUGGUCGGGUGGGUCCUCGUUGUUGGGUUCGGGUUCGGAGGGUGGGCCAGCAUGGUCAACUUCAUCCACCAGAUUGACACCUUCGGGCUCUUCACCAAGUGCUUCCAAUGCCCUCCUCCAACCAUGCCACCGCCCCCGCUGCCCCACCUCAACGGGACCAUUGCCUCCCCACCAGUCGCACAGCCACCACACCACCAGCUUCACUAGCUCCUCUGCCAUUGGAAUCGCCUAAAUCGUACUUAAGAGCUAAUCGGUUCCUCCAUUACGGCUUCAAUUCCCGAAUCGCAGAGAUCUUGAAUACGCAGCAGCCGCGAAGAAAAUGUAGCACGGCAACCUUAUAACAAAAGCCAAAUUUCUCUAUUUUCUCCUUUGAUUUUUGUCAUAGUCUCGAGUUAUAUGUUUCACUAUGAGAGAGAGGAGAGGGAGAUAAGAAGUGUUUAGAAGAUAUUGUAAUUUGCUUAGCCACCAUAUGUGAAGUUAGUGCACAUUUCUCUCUCUCCCCCCAAGAGCUAUAUUAUGGAAUAUAUAUGCAGUAUCGUUUAUACA